AUGUCAUUCGCAGAAGAUAAAGAACUUGAAGAAGGGCAUAUCUCUCAAAGCACUCCAGAAAGAUGUGGAAGUGGGAAGGAGAACUUGAAGGAUCUUAUGAAUCCCAGUAGAUCUUUAAUUGAGGAGGUCAAGGAGCAGAUACCUGAUAGAGAAAUGACCGCCAAGGUCUACGAGUCUAAAGAUUAUCAGAAGGCCGUUUCCAAGCUUUUAGGAGUCACACUAACGAAAUGGCCUUAUAAAGAAGAUUCACUUAAAGCAAUGAUAGAAUUAAAGAAGGAGCAGGAUCGAACCAAGGCUGAGGAAAUACGAUGUCGAGCAUUAAAGGCUUCAUUAGAGCUAUUGAACAGAGCCCAUGCUAUUGGGGUUCCACCGAAUAUGAUACCGGUGUUAUUUAGUAGUGUUGAAGAGGUGGAUGUGAGGAAAAGAAUCGAAGGAUGGGGGGGCAGUAGUAGCAUACAGAAUAAAGCAGCCACUGGAGUCGUUGGAGCUGCUGGAGCUGCUGGAGCUGUUGGAGACUCUAAAAGCACUGGAAGCACUGGAAGCACUGGAAGCACUGGAGCCACUGGUCACAUAACUCCACCUUCCUCUAAUUCUAGAGCAUUGCAUCAACGCUCUCACACCAUUUCUGGUGUCGUUGGUUCUACUUCUGUGUGGAAAGUCAAUCUUCCUCAACAGCAGCAGUUCCAAUUUCAUCACUGGGCAGGUCCUACACAUUCUGCGUCUUCCAACACUGAUUUCAUGUCAUUCUCGCAUUCCAGAGCACCCAGUAAGGACACUAUUCGCAUUAAAGAAGAGAAUGAACUUGAUACUACAGCAGCUGACACCUCGGCAGUGUCUAUAAAUGCCAGUCCUGUGACGUCAAUCAAGCGUAAGAUGUCGGAUAUAGACACUCAUUCACCCAAAUUUUUUUUGCAUAGCCGUUCCAGAUCAAUUGAUACCUCUACUGAUAUGUACAGUCACAAACGUAACAAAUCUGAGGCUAGUGCCACAAACACUGCUACAAGUGCAUCUACAUCAGCAAACAUACCCCCUUUAGGUUCUCCCUACUUCUACAGAGGAACACAAAUAUCACAGGUAUCACCAAUUAGACCUGGCUAUUACCCCCCUCCUCCUCCUGCUCCUGGUCCUGCUCCAAAUAGGGGUCCAUUCCAGCAGUCUAUACCUCCUCCAAGUCAACCAACUUAUUACUAUCCUCCUUCUCCAUAUUACAGGCAACAACAGCAGAAUUAUAAAUUCCCAGAGUCUCCCGCCCUUGUUAUGAAGAAGAACAAGGAUGAAAAAAGCGAGUGA